AUGAAGAAAAAAGUGCUGCUGCUGCUGCUGCUGUUGCUGUUGCUGCUGCCAAUUGGUGGUUUUGGCAUUGUGAAUCCGUCGAAUGAGUCAGCCAAUAUGGUUAUCUAUAUGCUGCCCGAAAAGGAUGUGGGUCCACAGACUUGGCAGGUGGGCGUCGACUGUCUGGACAGCUUUGCCCAGAUCUUCUUCUAUCGCAAUCCGCAGCAGCGUUUCACACGCUCCUACAACCUGAUGCUGACGAAUGCCUUCAACAUGUCCAUGACCGCUGCACAGAUACAGGAGGGCUUCAGCAAGCGCAUCAAUGAGGCCAUCAGUGAUACGGAGGCGCCACGAACACGCGAAUACUUUCAGCUGCGCGUGAUCUCGGAUCACUAUAAUGUGACCAAGUUCUUUGGGGAACUGCUCCUGGCGGAUAACUAUGUAUUCAUUGUGGACAGCUUGUCGCAUCUGCGCAGUCUGGUGACCGAUUAUGUAAGCAAGAAUCGCUCCUGGAAUCCGGGCGCACGAUUUCUGGUGCUCUAUCACAAUGCCGAGAUGAUGGGCAAACCCUUCACGGUGGCAACAAGAAUCUUCAGUGCUUUUCGCACCGAACACUAUGUGCAUCGUGUGGCGCUUCUCUUUGCCGACACACCCACAGAUUACAAUCUGCUGGUCAAUGAUUAUUACAGCGAUGUCGACUGUCGCGUGUCAAGCGUUCAAACCGUUGGAAACUGCAGCAACGGAGAAUUGCAUCCGUCACCACAUGCCGUGCAGGUGGCCAUGCAGGAUUUUAUAAACGGAUUCAGCCCGAAAAACUGUACCUUCUACGUUUGUGCAGCGAUUGCGGCGCCCUUCGUCGAGGAGGACUGCGUCAUUGGCAUCGAGAUGCGAAUCUUGGGCUUUAUGCGCAAUCGAUUGCAGUUUGUGACAAAUCAAACUUGCACACGGGAAACGCGUGGAGAAGUGGACGACGAGGGCAAUUGGAAUGGUCUGCUGGGCAAGCUGUCGAAUGGCGAGUGCGAUUUCAUCUUGGGCGGCUUUUAUCCGGACAAUGAGGUGAUCGGCAUAUUCUGGGGCACUGAUACCUAUCUGCAGGAUGCGCACACAUGGUUCGUUCAGCUGGCAGAGAAACGACCGCCCUGGCUGGCAAUGGUGGCCAUCUUCAAGGUGUACACUUGGACGGCCUUUCUGGUGGUGCUCUUAAUUAGCUGGCUAUUGUGGUAUGCGUUGGUCACACUCCUGCCGGAGCCACCGUACUACCAGCAACUGAGCUUAACCGCAAUUAAUGCCCUGGCCGUAUCCAUAUGCGCCGCCAUCCAGGAGCGUCCCAUUUGCGAUGCGACACGAAUUCUGUUUCUGAUGCUAACGAUUUAUGGGCUCAAUGUGGUCGCCAUUUAUACAUCCAAGUUGAUAGCCACUUUUCAGGAUCCGGGCCUAUUGCAUCAACUGGACGAGCUGCAUGAGGUGGUGGCAGCGGGCAUACCCUUCGGUGGUGACGAGGAGAGCAGGGAUUGGUUUGAGAACAACGAUGACAUGUGGAUAUUCAAUGCAUACAACGACACCCGAUCCUUUCGUCCGCACGGCGUAAAUCUAGUAGCGGUGGAGCAAGGAUUACGCUGCAUACUCAGCAGUCGCAUGUACAUCAUGCAGAGUACACAUGCCGAUGACAUUUAUGCUUUUCCCGACAACGUCUUCAUCAGUCCCAUACAGAUGAUAACGAAGGCCGGCUUUCCAUUUCUCUACGAGAUGAACAUGCUAAUUCGAUAUAUGCGCGAUGUGGGCAUUAUACACAAAAUUGAUUCCGAUUUUCGCUAUAACAAUACGUAUUUGAAUCGCAUUGCGAAGAUGCGUCCCGAUUUCGCAGAAACGGUCAUCGUGCUGACCACACAGCAUCUGAAGGGACCGUUUGGCAUCCUAAUUGUGGGCAUUUGCAGUGCAUCGCUGACGUUUGUCGGUGAGCUGCUCUACGGGUAUCGCCGGCACAAACGCAGGCAGCGACGAACUCGAUCACGUGGUCGUCGUCGACGUGCUGCUGGCAAUUGGUAUCGGGAGCGGCGGCAAGUGCGCAAAGCGGUGGCUCCAGUUGUGCGCUUUACGCCCGUCAAGCGACGCAAAGUCCUGUAA